AUGGACAAGCCCGGUUCCUCAGUCAGUGGACCUCUCAUGAGAAAUUGCAGUGGACAUAUAAGCACCUGUAACAUGGAGACCAACAUUUCCUUUGUGGGCUUUUACCUCCAUCAGCCGCUCGUGGCUGCAGUCUUCAUCAUCUCCUACCUUCUCAUCUUCCUCCUGUGCAUGAUCGGCAACGGAGUGGUGUGUUUUAUCGUGCUGCGGAGCAAACAUAUGCGCACUGUCACCAACCUUUUCAUCCUGAACCUUGCUGUCAGCGACCUGCUGGUGGGGAUAUUUUGCAUGCCCACCACCUUAGUGGAUAACAUUAUAUCAGGCUGGCCAUUUGGGAAUAUUGCCUGCAAGAUGAAUGGGAUGGUCCAGGGAAUAUCUGUCUCGGCUUCUGUCUUCACUUUGGUGGCAAUUGCAGUUGACAGGUUCCGUUCCAUCGUCUAUCCAUUUAAACAAAAGCUUACCAUUUGGACGGCGGUUGUCAUUAUAGUCGUCAUCUGGGUCCUGGCCAUUGCCAUUAUGUGCCCAUCUGCGGUGAUGUUGAAGGUGGAAGAAUCAAAGCAUUUCCGAGUGAUGCUCGGCUACGGCAACAAAACUAGCCCUAUAUACUGGUGCCGGGAGGACUGGCCAAACCAGGAGAUGAGAAAGAUCUACACAACUGUGCUCUUUGCCAACAUUUACCUGGCUCCUCUCUCUCUCAUUGUCAUCAUGUACUCUCGGAUAGGGAUCACUCUCUUCAACACAGCUGUGCCUGCCUGCGGGAAGCAAGGCCAGGAGCGCCACUCCGUUUACAAGAAGAAGCUGAAAGUCAUCAAGAUGCUCAUCAUUGUGGCAUUGCUUUUCAUCCUCUCUUGGCUGCCUUUGUGGACCUUGGCAAUGCUUUCUGACUAUGCCGACUUGAGUGAAGAGCAGCUGCAGAUCAUCAAUAUCUACGUCUACCCUUUUGCUCACUGGUUGGCCUUCUUCAACAGCAGCAUCAACCCCAUCAUCUAUGGCUUUUUCAACGAGAACUUCCGGCGAGGUUUCCAAGCAGCCUUCCGGCUUCAGCUCUGCUCCGGAGAUGUGAUGCCCAGGGAGAUCUAUUCCCAACGGGGACAAAGCAAUGCUGUUUUACCGGCAGCUGCACCCCAACAGCCUGGCCCAAGCACUACAUCAACGGGGAGGUCAACUCAGAAAGGGAACUGGAUGGAAAAGACCCAGGUUUUGAUGAUGGAGAACCUAGAAAAGGCUUCCAAUAACAACAGCAUUAAGCAGGACCUGCUGUGAACUACCUCAACCAUUUGGUUUGGUGACCUUGCCAAAAGAGUCAUGAUAUUCAAGCCCUACCUGGCAAAAACUACUACAGCUAUUUUAGGACUGCCUUGCUUGUACAGAGUAUUUGUAUUAUAUUUUAUUGUUGGAAGGGGAGGGGAAAAUGCUUUUCCUGUGUCGGUAUGAACCAGGAGUGAUUAUAUCGUCAGCUAAAAGUGA